UAGAAGAUAUCAAAUUUGAAAUAAUGAAAUUCUAUUGGUUGGUGAACCUAGAGGUUCACCUUAGGAGGUGAACCCAAGAAUUACUCAUUAUCAAAAUCUACUACGACUUAAUCUAUAAUUAAAUUAUACUUUUCUUGAUUCCCUUUUUUUAAGUGCUAUGUGUUAGGUUGCUAAUGACUUUAGGUUCUGUGCCUACUAGCUUUGUCGAUUUUUUCCGUUCCGUUCACCUAACGUACGUAUAGUUCUUCGCUUGAAUUUUGUUCACUUUCAUCAUUCGUUUGAUAGACAGAAACCACAGAAACCGUCACUUUCUAGCCUCUAGGCGGAACAUCACACAUGAGUUUACACGUCCCAACAACGUUAAGACAACAGCGAUCACCUUUAGUAACAUUUUUACACUGCUGAAAUUGUGAUUCUCAAACUAUUUAUCAGCAAUUCAGCACCGCCAGAAAUUUUUUAAAUGCAUAUGCAUGUAUGCAUACACUUUGUAUUAUUAUAAAUAAAAAUAAUAGAAAGUAGUUUCUAGUAUAUUCCCCUGUUAUUGGAUAUGCAAAAUAAUAUGCGAAGGUAUCAUUAAUUAAAUCCACCACAUUGAUAAGCUCGAUUGGUUUUUUGGUUAGUUACAAAUAUGUUAACUUAAUGUUCAAAAUUUUUUUUUAUAAUAUUUAUAUGUAUGUAUAUAAAAAAUUAGAUGUGUUAUAUUAUAAGGUUUCGAACAAUUUUUAAUCCAGUUUUCUCCCUAAUUAAGUUCAGAUUUCUUUUUUACACUUCAUUAAUAGUUUUUUGUAUUAUUCCACUAAUUAAAAAUAUAUAGAUAUGUUUUUAAAUUUAGUGAAAGCAAAGGGACGAGAAAUAUGUGAAGAGUUAGUGGGGAUGGCCACAGUGUCGAGCCAGAGGAUAACAUCUGCCAAGGGAAUCCAAUGAAGUGACUCGUGCAGCCUUUCUCAUCAUUUUAUCUUUCUUUUUUCUUCCAUAAUUUCUUACAAAAAGUAAGAAUCACAUCUUUAUUUGAUCAUCUAAAAAGACCAUCCUUUCCGCAGAAAUGAUAAUUCAUUAUUGACUAAUUGGGUUACAUAUCCAUAUUAGGGUCAAGGUAAUAAAAAAAACUUAUAACUAUAGUUUGAAUUGUAUCAGACAUGUACCAAACAUAAAAUAUAAUUUAAACAAAAGUAUAUCGAGUAAUGCAGAAAAUAAGAAACUUAAGAAGGCCAGAUAAUUUUAGAAAAAAAAACUAAUUGAUUAACUUAUCUCAAGAAAGAAGAAGAAAGAUUUGACAGAAAGAACAAAGAACACCAAACAUGAUGAUUGUGAUUUUAAUUGAUAACCGGUACAAUAAUAGAAUGAUUUUGCAAUUCUAUAAAAGUCCAGUCACAUAGCUAAAUAUGUUUCUGAUUUAUACUUGACUAAUUGGCCACUUUCGUGAUUAAAAAUUGUUGUUCAAAUUUUAUAGUUAAUUUAUUUUUUUCCCUUAUUCUACUUAUUUAUUUUUAUGUUUCACAACAAUUUUUUUAAUUUGUAUAUCACUGUUUUAAGAUACAAAUUAUUUUUCCUACGUAGUAUAUGUUAUCAUUGUCCUAUACUAUUGUUUAUGAUUUUUGUUGUAGUAAUGACCCUAAAUUCACUAACUAGAUUUGAGCUUUAUGAUCCGAGACCAUUAAUAGUGUACUGGAGCUUGGGCCCUCAGACAAAUAAUCUAAAAUUUAAGUAAUUCAAUUGUAGGUUUUCGUUUUCUGAUAAUGUUGCCACACUAAUAGAAACACAAUGAGGUAAUUGUAAAGACUUAAUGGUUAGGAGGAGAGAUUCCAUAUUAACCGCUCUUGAACUUGUGGUAGUGAUCUAGAGUAGACACGAAUAGGAAUAAGUAGUCUGCACAACUAACAACAACAUAACGAUAAAUAACUAGGUAACCACGAUAAGACAAUCCCACAUAUUAAGAGAAGCAUGCCAUGUACACAAUUUAUUUAGGCGAGUGUGAUCUCCCCAUCACUCAACAAUUGAAAUAUGCUUAAAACUAUACAUAUUACAAUGAACUGGCCAAGUUUGAAAUGUCAUAUGUAUACAUGUGAUGUAAAUGAGAACUUGUUGAGUUAGAUAAAUGUAUGGGGGAUGCCAUAAUCUAGUUACUAGUGUUAAAAUAUAAAUUACUAGUGUUAAAAUGUAAAUAGUUAUUCUUUUUUUCAAGCUUUUUUGGUUUUUGGACAACAAAUGUUUGAGAUGCUGUGAAAUAAAAAAAAACAGGCCUUGUGAUAUAGGGCUUCUGAAGCCUGUUGUAGGCUCAAAAACAACUAUCAGAAUCGAAUUUAUCCUAUUUAAUAUCUCUCCAUUGUUCAAAAACAAAAAAAAAAAUCUCCAUAAAAAUAAAGUCAAAAGUAUUUAUGUUGCCGCGUUCACGUGGCGAGCACGUGGCAGCCAAAAUCCAAAACAGAACAAAAACUCAUACUUCCUGCGACGAUCAAACCAACAAAUAAAAUAAUUAAAUUCAAUUCAAUUCCAUAAAAAAAAAUGGUUUUCUUCGUCUUCCUCUGACUGAAAACUUGCUCAGAUCGUUCAUCUUCCAAGCGGAAGCGUCUCCUUCCAUCACCGUAGACGCCUUCCGUGACGGUCUCUACUCGUUCUUUCCCUGAAUGUUGUAAUCUCAGAGCAGGAAACUGAAGACAUGCAGUCAAAAUCUGAAAGUGGGAAUCAGAUCGUUUCAGAGGCUCAUCAUCAUACAUCCAUCAACAGUUUAAACCCUUGGCUACGUGCUGCUGCUGCCUGUAAUGCAAACUCUUUCGUGGAAGAAGCUGGAGAUAAGUCAUCAAAUGGGUCCAAGUCACCAUCUAACCGAGAUGAAAAUGGUAACAAGGAGUCACAAGUCACAACUUCUCCCCAACAGUCAGGUGCAGUUGACUUGUCUUCCCUCGGUGCUUAUUACAAAAUUUGUUUUCUUUUAGCUAGCUUUGUUACUGUGUCUCGAUAUGCAGCUGGAGAUUACAGUGAAAAAAGUCAAGAACUUGUGCAUACUGGCAGUACACCACCUCCUCACCCUCAACUUGUUAGCCACACUGGAUGGGCAUCCUCAAAUCCAUACCAGGAUUCAUAUUAUGCUGGAAUGAUGGGAGCCUAUCCCUUGACUUAUGUUCCAUACGGUGGGAUGCCUCAUUCAAGAAUGCAACUGCCUCCUGAGGUGGCACAAGAGCCAGUUUACGUGAACGCUAAACAGUACCAGGCGAUUAUGAGGCGAAGGCAGGCACGCGCCAAGGCUGAGCUAGAGAAGAAGCUAAUCAAAUCCAGAAAGCCUUAUCUACAUGAAUCUCGGCAACAGCAUGCUAUGAGGAGGCCUAGGGGUACUGGAGGACGGUUUGCAAAGAAGACGAACACCAAAGCUUCACAGCAAAAAGAUGGAGAAAAGACUACCGAGUCCCCAACUUCAUCUAAUUCUGAUCAACCUGAAGGUUGUAGUGAUGAGUAUAGAACACAUCAGUCCGAGGAGAUGCAGAGCUCAGCUUAUAAGAGAAGGGAAGAAGCAGACUGUUCAGGGCAGCAGUGGAACAACAUUUCCUCAAACCAUCCUUCUCAACCUCUUUUAGCUAUCAAGUAACCUCUCUGGCAGGCAAAUCAUUCUUGGCUCUAUCUUUGUUGGCUUAUGUGUUAGCAGCCAUUAAAGAGUUUUCUCAGUCUUCUUUCUUGUUUUGUACAAAUACUAUUGUGCUUUUGUUAGAAUGCUUCUUAGUCAACACCCUUUGGGUUUAGUAAGAGACUUAAAGUUUUGAAUCCAAAAAUAUGUGAUUAAUAACUAAA